AUGAAAGUGUCAGAGAUCGAAGUAGUAUAUUUAUUAGCAAUUUUUAAGUAAAAAUAAACGAUGAAAAAUGAUGAAUUCAUGUAGUUUUUAUAAAAUUUUUAAUAUAAUUGUAAUACAUUUAGUUUUAAUUAAUUGGGUAAACUGCGAAAUUAGAUUAUGCGGAGAUGAAAAAUGCCAAAGAAUAAUAUCCCAAGGUAUUACUAUUUCGAACUAUCAACCUGGGGAACCUGGGCGAAUACAUCUUAAAAUAAAUACACCUGUUAAUGUCUAUUCUAAACCAAAUAAAAGUGAAGUUUCAACAACUGAAUUAUGGGAAAUAGAAACUCAAGGCAGGCGAGGAUUAGCUUCUCCAAAAUUCCUUAAAGAAAACCGUAUUCUUGUUAAAACAGAAAAUCUUAUAGCAGUAAAUAAAGAUAUGAAUCCUUCUAAAGUUGGUCAACCAGAAAUACAAAGUUCUCAAGUAUUCAGUAGUGAAGAAUACUCAACUACAGCACCACUUAAGGCAGAAGAAAUUCCCAAGAAUAUUGUCAAGGAAAGUGGAGAACAAAUAAGUACAACUGAAACAUUACGAAGCACAGUUGUGGAUAAACCACAUACAAUUGAUGGAACAACUAUUACUCCUAAUAUAGAACACGAAAAUGAAGAUGAUGGAUUCGUUAGUUCAUAUGAUGAUUACGAAGAAGAAGAAGGUUCAGGCGAAGAAGAAGAGGAUGAAGAAGAGGAAGAAUUAGAUAGACCUAAAAUUUUAGCUGCAGAAACUGAAACAAUAUCAAACAGUGUGAACAAAAAUGCAAAUAGUGACGAAAAGAGUGAACCAGUAACUCAAAAAAGCUUUAUCGAACAGCCAAAAGUAGAAAAUUCAAAAGAUUCUGACAAUGAUGGAGAAAAGACUGAAAUAUUAGAUUCCGAAAAUUUACAAAAGACUGAUAAAGCAAUUGAGAAGGAAAAUGUGAACAAUGAAAUAAAUAAAUUUGAAAAACCUGGGGAAAAUUUGCAAGAUGAACAAAAAAAAUUACAUGAUCCUGCAGUUUUUUUACCACCUGAUCUUAUGAGAUCUAAUGAACAUUUAGACACACCUAAAGAUGUUAGUAAAAAUCAAAUUCUUGAGGCAAAUGAGAAAAAUUCAAAUAACCAUAUUGAAAAUAAUUUUCAAGCAAAAGAUGAAAACCUAACGGUUAAAGACAAGGAUGUUGCAGUUAACAUCAAUGAAAAUCAAAAUGGAAUCAUUGAUCAGAAAUCAAAUAUGGAAGAGCAGAAGGUCACAAUUGAAACUUCUUUAAAUGAAAAUGCUCAACCAGACAAUACUCAAAAUAUAAAACCACUUGAUGCUCAAAUGGAAAGCCAUCAGGCAUUGAAUAAUAUCCAACAAGAAAAAUAUCAACCAGAAGCAAACGAGCCUGUAAAUAUAGUACCUCCAAAGUCAGACGCAGAUAAACCAGAUAUAUCAAUUGAGAAAUUAUCAACUAGUUUAAAAGAUAUUGCCGAAACAUCAGAGGUAAAAGAAGUGCAAGAAAAUAAAGAACAGAUUAUCGAAGACGUUUCAAAAGAUAUUCUUGAUAAUUCCGUGGCUCCAGACUCAAACGAAAAUAUUAAUGAUUUAGGUCGAAAGGAUGAGGCGUUACUUAGUCAAAAUGAAUCUACCGAAACGAUGAACUACUUAGAUCUUAAACUGUUCGAAAAUCGUAAUCAGGAUCAAGAAAUGCACGCAAGUGCAUUAAAAAAUGAUCAGCCAAAAUAUCAUAAUUAUCAAGAUCAGUCGAUUUAUCUCAACCAUGAACAACAAAGUCAAGAAAAUGUGAAGUUAGAAUCAGAAAAUGCUAUCUUGCAAGAUAUAAGUUCAAAAGGGUUGGAAAGUGGUAAGCAAGUUAUAGAAAAUCAAGCACAAGAUUAUAGUUCCCAAGUUCCUAUUAAAACAGAGCAGCAACACUCGACAAUAACUACACCAGGCUAUGAAGAAAUUCAUUUUGUCGAUAAUCCUAUUGAAACGAUUACGAAAAAUCCUGCGAAAUCUGGCCUAGAAAACUUGAUUUUGCCACAUCAAGAUAAUUUGAUGUUAAAUGAAAACCAAAAAGAGGAUAAAAUUCAUGAAAACAAAGAUUUUGAACAAACGAAUGAUAUAAAGGUAGAUAUUGUAAAUCCCCAACCUUUAACACAGAAUGUAAUCGAAGAUUCCAACGAAAUUGAAAAACUUGAAUCUUCAAGUAGCUUCGAGUUUCUUACCAUGGGUAUUGAAACUUUUUAUGUAUGGAGUGGUAAACUGAUUGAUGUUGUUAAUGGUUUUUGGAAAAGUUCUUCAGAUAUACAAGAUAUAGCAAGCGAAGAGAAGCCAUAUCAAGAACCUAGUUUGGAUAUAAAAGAAGAAAUUAUGGAAAAUAGUAAUUUAAAGAAUCCAGAUCAUUUGGAAGAGGAAUAUUGUAAAAAGUUAGGGCCGAAUGAUAACUGCCCAAAUAUAGGAAGGGAAAAAGUCUAUCGCUCACACCUUAACACCGGGUCGUCAUUUACAGAAAGUGAUUUUUUUACUUCAAUGUCUGAUAAAAUACUAGAAAUGUUCGAUAUGUUGGUUUUGCUAAGUAUUGCAGCUAUUUCUUCAAUCAUUUUUGCUUUUGGAUAUUAUUGUAUUUGCAAUAGCCGAAAGGAAAAUUUAUUGAUUAACAAACUCAAUGUUGUAGAAAGGAACUUAUUAACAGCUAAUAAAGAAGUAACGAUUUUGAAGCAAGAUUUACAAGAUUCUCGAUCUAAAUUAAGCUCAAUUGAGGACAGUACAUUUGGUACAAAUGAUUUAGUGAUCUCCUUAAAAAAAAAAGUGGAAGAAAAACAAAAAGAAGUUGAUACCUUAAAAAAACAAAUUUCAACUCUAGAAAAAGAAUUAGAAAGUGCUACCACAGCUGGUGUUGAAUUAAAUAAAAUAAUUUCGGAAUUGGUUAUCAAACAAAACGAGCAACAGUUAUUACAAGAAAAUAUAGAGGAAUUAGAAAAGCAAAUAAGUGAACAGAAAGAUACAAUAGAAGAAAUCAAUCAAAACGUAGCUGAAAAAACACAUGAAAAUACUGAGUUGCAUUUGCUCAUAUCAGAACAGUCUAUUAAAUUUCAAAGUGAAAUUAAAGAGCUACAGGAUCAAAUUGUUGAUUUAGAAAAUGAAAAAGAGUUGUUAGAAGGAAAAUUUGAAGAAAAUGAAAAACGCAUCAAAGAAGAACUUGAAGUUGAGAUUUCAACCAAAGCUGAAGAAAUUGGAAAAUUACACGCUGAGUUGUUGUUGUUUAAAAAUAAAUAUGAUGAAAUAAGUAGAAAAUGGCAAACAAGUGAAUCAAAAAUAGAGUCUUUGAAAGAAUGCAUUAGGAAUAUGAACAAAGAAUCGUGGGCUGAUAUAGAUGACUUGAUAGAAACUGUUGAUAUAAAAGCAGAUAAUUUGUUACUAGAAAAAGAAAAUUCAACUCUUAAAGAGCAAUUAGAAGGAGAAAAGAAUUCCAUAAAAUUAUUAGAAGGUCGCAUAGCGCUAUUAAGUGAAGAGGUAGCUAGUCUAAAAGUAGGGCACGACAAAGCAGAGAAAGACAAAUUAGAAGCUCAGACUCGCUUAGAUGUACUAUCUAACUAUUUUAAAGAAAAGGAGGCGCAACUGCAAAAGGAUCUGACAUUAAAAGAAGCACUUUGGUUAAAGCAACAAGGCGAAACUACUAGCACUGUAGAAAAAAUACGUGCACUUCAAGAUGAAAUACAGUCUUUAAAGUCGCAAAAUGAUUCAUUGCAUGCUGAAAUAGAAGCUCAAGCGGUUGCUCAUAAAACGCAAUUAGCCACAUUGGAAAAUCGGGCUCAUGAAACUUGGUUACAAUCCAGACAAUCCGAACGUAAAUAUGAAGAAGCUAGGUCUGAAUCAACAAUGUUGAGACGAAAGCUAACAGCUUUGGUUUCUUCAAAUAAUCAAUCAGUAGGUAGUAACAAUACAAGUUCUUCUAAUGAUAUCAAUCGGCUUCAAAAUUCAAUUGUGGAUGGAGUUGGACCUUCUAACUUGAAUAGCGUACCUUCACCAAUUCAUUUAGAUUCUCCUAGUUCACCUGCAUUAGUAACUUCUAAUCUUCCACCCCCGCCACCAUUUUUGCCACCUCCACCAUUUAUGCCACCACUACCAGGUCCAUUUAUGGGCAUACCAACUCCAUUUGCUUUGCCACCAGGAGGUCGCCCACCUCCGUUAGGUGGUCGCUUAAUGUCACCACCACCACCACCUCAACAUCGUAGAGGUCGAUAUUCACCAAGCUUAAUUGACGAUGAUGAUGACGAAGAUUAUGAUUAUGAUGAAUAUGAUGAUGAUAGAAGUCAAAAACGAAGUCGUAAUAAUAGAGAUUAUUCCCCAGAAAAUGGAAGAUAUAGUCCAGAUAGUCGAUAUAAUUACACUACAGAUGUGAUGUCCCAAUAUGAUACUGAAACUGAUUUUAGUCCGCAAGUUAGCCCUCGAGAAGAAUCAUUUCUAAGAGGAAGAAGGGGUGGUAGCAUAAAUCGAGAUAUAAGACAAAAUGAUCGUUCCACACCUCUUGAAAGAACUAAUAGUAGUAAUAGUAAAACUUUUAAUAAAGCAUUAUCUCCAUCGCCACAAAAGAAUCAAACAAGUUCUGGAGACAAUAGGAGUAAUAAAUCAAAUAAAGUUAUGAAACAUAUUAAUUUUAUGGAAUGAAAGGUAAAUUAAGUUCCAGCUCAGAAAAAUCAUUUGAUUCUCGUAUCAGUAAAGGAAAAGCGCGUGUGUGAUGAUAAACCAAAUAAUAAUCAAUUAAAAACUUACAGUACUACACAAAAAAAAGAGGAUGAAUUUAAAUUUAACGAAAUAAAAGCAUUUUUAUCUCUUUUUUUUUUAAUUAAAAAAGCCAUUGUAAAAUGAAAAGGAAUACAAAAGAAUUUUUAAUUUUAAAUUUUGUAAAAUUUUUACAUAUUUUUUGUUUAGUUCAAUUUUUGUUUUUUUUUUUUUCAUUUCGGUUACUUAAGUAGGAAAAAUAUAAUUAAAAUAUAAUCAAUUAUUUUUAUUUUAAUUCCACUUCAAUCAUAUAAUUAUGUACAAAAUAAAAUUAAUUAACCUUCGACUUGAAAUAUUAAAAACGCGAAAAAAAACAUGCAAUAAAAACAUUUUUAACGUUGGUAAAAAGAAAAUUAUUCAAAUGAAUUUAUAAAAUAAUUUAUUUAUUUAAAAAUGAGGGCAACAUUAUUAAUUAAAUAUACUUUUUGCGUUUUCAUUCAAUCAAUUUUAUUUUUCUAUACUUUCUUAUUUUAGUUUUAUUUUAAUAAUUAGUUAAUCAACGAAUAUGUAAAAUAAAGUUAAUUCUAUUUUGAAUUAAUAAAAUACAAAAAAAAAAAACUAAACAUUAUUUUUAAUUAUUUAAAUUGUAUUAAAAUAUUAAUAUAUAAUAUAAAAAAUUUAAAGGAAUGAGAAAAUAUGCUUGUAUAAUAAUUAAAAAUAAUUUUUCGAAAAACUUUCAUCGCUGUAUAUUAUUAUGCAAGGGAAAUUAAAUUUAAAAAUUUAAUAUUUUUAAAUAAAUAUUUAACAAAAAUGAAAUUGAUUAAUUAUUAAUUUUCUAGAAAAUAUAUAUACUCAUACUUUAUAUUAGUAAAAAUUAUAAAAAGAAAACUCUGAUUUUUAACUUUUUAAAUUAACAUGCCCUAUAUUAUUUAGAUAACGAAUACAGUGGAAUCCGGAUUUAGUCACACAAAAAAUUUCAUAAAAAUUUGAAGUAGCUAAUGAUCGUUUGUGACUACUAUCAAAUGAAAAUACAAUUUUUGGACUCGAAAUUGUUGAAUAUAAUCCAAUUAUGAUUAUAAAUAGUAGUGACUAUAUAAGUGACUUGCACUGUAUAUCAGAUGACUAAUGUACAAGCAUCAUGAUAUAACAAAUUUUUUUUUUCGUUCAAAAAUAUUUUAUAUAGAAAUAUAGGUUUCUUAUUCCAAUUUUUCUUUUCAAUUUAGAAACGAUUUUUGUUUCUUUUAAAAUUGAUAUUUACCAAAUUUGAAGUUCUGC